AUACAGAUCUCAAAAUAUCAAUUAGAUUCAAUCCCCUGCUGAGAUUGAAGUGAAGACAACCUUUUUGCUUGAGUGCCAGAGCUUUGAUUCUUUAAAGGUAAACGAAGUAAGCUUCGUCAAAAAUCAGAGCUCCGCAGUUUGUUUAGCUUAGAUUUCCCUGCAACAACUAAAAAAUCUUACGUUCUUAAAGCCAGGGUUUUAAAAGCCUUGAAUCUAAUCCUCCAUCAAGAUGAGCUUUUCAAAUAGUGACAACUGUAUAGGAAUCAGAGCUCCAUAUUAUCUGUCAAUCACAACAGCCGUGCUAAGUGCAGCCCUGUCAGCCAUUACCGUGCCAGGCAAUCUACUGAUCUGCAUUGCUAUAUUAAAGGACCCACACAAGGAUCUCAGAACGUCCUUUAAUUACUUUGUUCUCAACUUGGCCAUAGCUGAUCUGAUAGUAGGCGCUAUCACUGAUCCAAUGAGUGCCGUGUUCCACGUCCGAGAGUCUCUUGGGUACCCUGUGGAAAGCUGGAUAUGGCUGCUUCAUCUGUCAUACUUCAUAUCCUGUACGGCAUCUUUACUCAGUAUGGGAGCGCUAGCCAUCGAACGAUAUGUUAUUGUUUCUUCAAACUACAGACGAAGAUUCCAACCAUCACGAGCCAUUUUGGCGUCUGUAGGAAUUCUGAUCAUAUCUUGUAUUUUGCCGACAGCUUACUUUAUAGUAGGUUUUAAUAAGUUUGCGUUUAUAUUUGCAAAUACCGCUAUUAUCUUCACCGUCGCUAUCAUAUGCUUCACGUUUACUAGAAUUUACCACAGUUUGCGUGCAAACGUGCUGCGCUUACAGACAUCGCACAGCGAGCGCAUGGCAACAGCAGCCAUACUCCUCGAAAAACGAAUAUCCAGAGGAUUCAUCUUUAUAAUCGUGUUCUUCCUCUGCUGUACUAUCCCAGCAUGCAUUGUGAUCUAUUUGAUCAAUUUCUGUACCACGUGCAGUUGUAUACUCAUACACUGGUCACGUGAUCUGUUUUUUCUUCUCGUAGUAAUCAACUGCUCGGCGAAUCAGUUUCUGUACGCGUGGCGGAUGCCAAAUUUUACCAAGGCUCUUCGAAAGCUUCCGGUUAUAUGUGGGCUGAUCAAGCCGUCGACAAAUAAUUUUAAUAGUCGUUCAUUCACUGAUUCCCAGAUAAACUAGUCCACUACCCGUUAUAUGUGGGCUGAUCAAGUCGUCGAGAAAUAAUUCAAAUAGUCGUUCGUUCACUGAUUCCCAGGUAAACUAG